UAGGGAACACUUAAUUUGACAGUAUCCAUUAUUAAAGAUAGAAAAUUCCGGUUACUACUGUUGGUCAUAGUUAUAAUUCACCACAUAACUGUUCUAGGAUCAUGAUCCCCAUAAAGUUUUUAUCCUUCUUCAUGAUUAAAGUUUUAAGUCUCUUUUGGGUUAUAUAUGUCUUACAAACUGGAGAAUUUUUCUAGUGUGAACAGUUAUGUCUUCAAUCUCUUUCUCUAAUGACUUAUUUUUAAUGUUUGCUUUAAUUGGGAUGAUGGACAAAUCUUUUGUUUUGUUUGCUUUAAGUGGAGGAAUCAGGUAGUUGUUUUUGUUGAAAUGCUGAUGCUAUGCUAGCUUUGAGUUAUUUAAUGCAAUACUUGACCCAUCUGCAUCCCUUUAAUUAUCUUUGGUUCCUGUGCGUGUCUAAACCUGAUUCACCAAAUAGUUUUCUUCUGUACUUCGAAAUGGCCUUUCUGCAGUUUUCACUGACCCAGAUAAGGUGGCAAAAAUGAGAAAUCAACACCAAUGAUUUAUGUUGAUCUUUUUUAAAUUGAGAAUGAGGGCUACUUUAGGGAAAGAAUGCUUUUUCUUCAUAAAGUACAUUGGAGAAUCAAACUUUAGCCUUUUCUUUUUCAGUUCUAUUUUUUCUUGGAUUCUCAGUUAUCACAAUUCCCUUUGUUUUCUUUUUUUCAAUUCUCCCUUCUUGGUUGUUUCUGAAACAUAUCAGCACCGAUUUGUGAGGCAAUUUCUUUAUUCUCAGUGAAAAAUGCACUUUAGUCCUCCAUUAUUUAAAGUUCAUAGACAAACCUUUGGCUUUUUUACUUUCUCUUUUUAAAUGGAGGAGUCAGCAUAACACUUCAAGUAUUGAAAGAAAGAAAAUGCUGAUGCAUCUGAAAGAAGGAAGUCCCCUUAAUUUGUAAAUGCUACAGGAUUAGCUAACAACAUGCUCCAAUUUCCAAAGCCAGACCAGGAAAGAAUGAAGAAAAGUUAAGCUCAGAAACUGGAACUAUCACUUACCUUGAUUUUGCACCAAAAUAUACCCAUGAAGUUGCAGUUCUCUAUUGUUGCACUUGUUCUAUUAGGCUCCACACUGUCCUUCUGUGGCCUGAUAGUAGCUGACUUGAACUCUGACCAACAUGCUCUCUUGGAGUUUGCUUCAAGUGUCCCACAUGCCCCAAGGCUCAACUGGAAGAAUGACUCUGCUUCAAUUUGCACCUCAUGGGUUGGUGUGACAUGCAACUCCAACGGCACACGUGUCGUAGGCCUCCAUCUUCCAGGGAUGGGAUUAACCGGGACCAUUCCAGAGAACAGCAUAGGAAAACUAGAUGCUCUUAGGGUCCUGAGUCUUCAUUCUAAUGGACUUAUAGGAAGUCUUCCUUCUAAUGUACUCUCCAUUCCUUCACUCCAAUUUGCAUACCUUCAGCACAAUAGCUUCUCUGGCCUAAUUCCUUCUCCAGUGACCCCUAAACUCAUGACAUUGGACAUUUCUUUUAACUCCUUUUCUGGCACCAUCCCACCAGCUUUUCAGAACCUUAGAAGACUCACUUGGUUGUAUCUCCAAAACAAUUCCAUAUCUGGGGCUAUUCCUGACUUCAACCUUCCAAGUCUCAAGCAUUUGAACUUGAGCUAUAAUAACUUGAAUGGCUCAAUUCCAAACUCCAUAAAGGCAUUCCCUUACACUUCUUUUGUUGGGAACGCUCUCUUAUGCGGGCCACCUCUCAAUCAUUGCUCUACAAUCUCCCCUUCUCCAUCUCCUUCCACUGAUUACGAGCCACUCACUCCACCAGCCACCCAAAACCAAAAUGCUACACACCAUAAGGAAAACUUUGGCCUAGUUACUAUACUUGCUCUAGUCAUUGGGGUCAUUGCCUUCAUCUCUUUAAUAGUUGUAGUGUUCUGUUUGAAGAAGAAGAAAAACAGCAAAAGCAGUGGCAUACUGAAAGGAAAGGCUUCUUGUGCUGGAAAGACUGAGGUUUCAAAGAGUUUUGGGAGUGGAGUGCAAGGGGCUGAAAAGAACAAGCUAUUUUUCUUUGAAGGUUCCUCUCACAGCUUUGACCUUGAGGAUUUGCUGAAGGCUUCAGCUGAAGUUCUUGGAAAAGGAAGUUAUGGAACAGCAUACAAGGCUGUUUUGGAGGAGGGAACAACAGUGGUAGUUAAAAGGUUGAAGGAAGUUGUGGUAGGAAAGAAGGAGUUUGAGCAGCAGUUGCAGAUUGUGGGGAGAAUUGGAAACCACCCCAAUGUGAUGCCACUAAGGGCUUAUUACUAUUCCAAAGAUGAGAAACUUCUGGUUUACAACUACAUGCCAGGUGGCAGCUUGUUUUUCUUGUUGCAUGGAAACAGGGGAGCAGGAAGAAGCCCACUAGACUGGGACUCCAGAGUGAAAAUUUUGCUAGGAGCUGCCAGGGGAAUAGCUUUCAUCCACUCAGAGGGGGGUCCAAAGUUCUCACAUGGCAACAUCAAGUCAACCAAUGUGCUCAUAACCCAAGAACUGGACGGCUGCAUCUCCGAUGUGGGAUUGCCGCCUCUAAUGAACACUCCAGCAACCAUGUCAAGAGCCAAUGGCUACAGAGCUCCAGAAGUCACAGACUCAAAGAAGAUCAGUCACAAGUCUGAUGUCUACGGCUUUGGCGUGCUGCUGCUUGAAAUGCUGACAGGGAAGACCCCUUUGAGGUACCCUGGCUAUGAAGAUGUGGUUGAUCUUCCAAGGUGGGUGAGGUCUGUUGUGAGAGAGGAGUGGACUGCUGAAGUGUUUGAUGAGGAGCUUCUGAGAGGGCAAUAUGUUGAAGAGGAGAUGGUGCAGAUGCUUCAGAUUGCACUGGCAUGUGUGGCUAAGGGGUCUGAUAAUAGGCCUAGAAUGGAUGAAGUUGUUAGAAUGUUGGAGGAGAUUAAGCAUCCUGAGUUGAAGAACCACCACAGGCAAUCCUCUCAUGAAUCUGACUCUAAUGUGCAGACACCAACACCAUGAUCAAGUGCAUUUCUUGGGAGAGUAAUCAAAUUUUCUCUUGCCUCCUCAUAUUGUGUUUUGCUUGCAUGCCCUCAACCAAAUAAGCAUGUAUCAUUGUAAAAUACUAUUCAUGAUGAUGUUUUUAUUCGUGUUGGCCAUAAAAGCUUCUUUUUCAUGUUUCACAUUAUUUGUUACGUUCUGAGCUAUGUCACUUUUGGCUAUUCAGUCGGUGGAAAUAAUUCAAGUAUUCAUUUUCCUUUCAA